AUAAUUAGAAAAAUUAAAGAGAAAAUGACACAAAGAACACUAAAUGAAGUUUUCCUCCCCAAACUAGCACUCAGGAUCAGAAUUCACAAAAAUAGGUUUCAUUAAAGGGGCAAUUUACCCUUAUGCCCCCUUCUUUAACUAAUUUAAAAAACAAAUUUGAAAUCAAUUUGUCGCCGUCCUCGUUUCAUCGCUUCUUCUUCUCGUCUCUCCGUCGUCGUCGUCGUCUCUCCGUCGUCGUCUCCCCGUCCUUGUCGUCGUCGUCUCUCCGUCGUCGUCGUCGUCGUCGUCUCUCCGUCGUCGUCUUCGCCUCUCCGUUGAUCCGUCGUCGUCGUCUCUCCGUUUAUUUAUCGUCGUCGUCGUUUCUCAAUUGAUCUGUCGUUUCUACGUCUAUUCAUCUCAUUCUCUCUCUCGUGUGUCUGAUUUGAUUAAGGUUUGAAUCAUUUCAUUUUGUUAUACAUUAUCUAGGUUUUGUUAUAUAUUAUUCAUUUGUUGAUGAUUUGAAGUUGAUUUUGUAGAACAAUGGAAGUUUUGUGCAUCUGUGGACAAUGGAUCUCAAAAGAAUCUCUCCAGUGGGAGUUUCUUGUUGAUUUGAAGAGGAAUGCAUCAAUCAUUUCCAUAGAAGAAGAUCUACUGUAUGAAGAUUUGAUGAAGAUUGUCUCUGAAGAUUUUAGUGUUAAAGAGGAAGAAAUCAGUUUGAGUUAUGGUUUUUCAUUGGAUAUGAAAUGUAUUAUUGAAAGUUUCCCCCCACUCUCGAUAGGUAAUACUCGUCAGCUCAGAACUUUCAUUUCCAAGACUAGAGCAUUUGAUGGAACCUGUCGUUUGUGUGUUAAGGUUAGUACUGAUCCAGUUAGCUGUAACACUCAAGCUUCUGAUACAUUUGCUUCUACUGUUCCAUUGAAUGCCAAUCCAGCGAUUCUUUCUACUGUGCAGAGUGAAAAACAGGUACAUUGUCCUUAAUUCCUUUUUUCUGUUUGUGUUUGCAUGAUAUGCUUCAUAAUCAAGUACUAUGCCUUACAGAACUACUUGACUUUUGCAGAGUCUUCUAUAUGAAGGUGUUUCUACAGUUCCUCUGAAUGCUCUUCCGGAUUUUAGUACUGAUUCAGCUAGCUGUAACAUUCAAGCUUCUGAUACAUUUGCUUCUACUGUUCCAUUGAAUGCCAAUCCAGUGAUUCUUCCUACUGUGCAGAGUGAAAAACAGAUACAUUAUCCCUAAUUCCCUUUUUCUGUUUGUGUUUGCAUGAUAUGCUUCAUAAUCAAGUAUUAUGCCUUACAGAACUACUUGACUUUUGCAGAGUUUUCUAUAUGAAGGUGUUUCUACAGUUCCUCUGAAUGCUCUUCCGGAUUUUAGCCCUGUCCAUAUUGGACUUUCACCAAACACGAGAGUAGCUGGCGAUAUUAAGGUGAAUAGCUAUUUUAAGACAAAGAGAGAGUUGAUGUUGAGGAUGAAGAAAUGGGCUUUAGAGUGGAAGUUUGAGUACAAGACUGUCUCUUCUAACAAGUCAAGAGUGCUUUUGAGUUGUGUUGAUGAAAAUUGCACGUGGAGGAUGCGUGCUAUCAAGCUACCUGUUUCAGAUUUUUUCGUUGUUAAAAAGUAUGUUCAUGAGCAUACAUGCGAUACAACACACAGGAAAGCCAACCACAGACAAGCAUCUGCAAAGUUGUUGGGUUCUUUGAUUUCCAGCAAUUAUGGAGAAAAAAAGGAAGGUCUCAAACCGAAACAGAUCAUUGAACAGGUCAGGAUGCUGCAUGGUGUUCACAUCAAUUACAAACAAGCUUGGAGAGUGAGAGAAGAAGCUCAGAUUUUGGUUAGAGGGACUCCUGAAGACAGCUAUUACAAUUUGUCUAGGUGGUUGUAUAAAAUCACAGAAACAAACCCUGGUUCCUUGACUUAUCAACAUGUUGAUGCUGCAGGAAAGUUCAAGUAUGCAUUUGUGGCUUUUGGUCCAUCGAUAAGGGGAUUUUCAUUGAUGAGGAGAGUUAUUGCAGUAGAUGGUACAUUUCUGAAGGGAAAAUUCAAUGGGACUUUAUUGGCAGCUUGUGCUCAAGAUGGGAAUUAUCAUCUAUAUCCUCUCGCCUUUGCAGUGGUUGACGCAGAAAACGGCGCCUCUUGGAAAUGGUUCUUUAGAGGUUUGAGCCAGAAGAUCCCGGACGCUUCGGAUCUUGUUUUUGUAUCAGACAGGGCUAACUCCAUUUCUUCAGCGUUGGAGGAUGUAUAUCCCUUAUCUCACCAUGGAAUUUGCAGGAUCCAUCUGCUCCGCAACAUCACUCCUACAUAUGCGAAGACUGGGUUGCUACCUCUGGUGGAAAGCGCUGCUGAUGCCUAUACGUGUCACGAGUUCUGGUUAAUCUUCAAGGACAUAAAGGAUAAAUGUCCUGAAUUGGCUAAGUAUCUGGAAGAGUCUGAUUUUAGGAAGUGGGCACGAAGCUAUGCGCCUGCGAACAGGUAUAAUAUCAUGACUACCAACAUUGCAGAGUCUCUCAAUUCUAUGUUGAAGAUGCCUCGUGAGUUGCCCAUUAUCUCUCUCCUUGAAACUAUCAGAUUGACGAUGACCACUUGGUUUUUUGAGCGACGCGAAGCGGCUGCGAAACAUAAGCACCUGGUUACUCCAAAAGUUGUUCAGAAAUUGGUAUCUAGGUUAGGGGCCGCAAUGUUGUUGAAUGUGUAUCAAGUUGAUCGAAGCGAGUUUGAGGUGAAGAAUGAAACAAUGAAGUUUGUUGUUGACUUGGAGAAGCGGCAUUGCACAUGUAAUGUUUUCGACAUUGACAAGAUCCCCUGCAUCCAUGCCAUCGCUGCUGCUAAGCAUAUCAAGAGAGAUGAAAACCGUUUUGUUGAUGCUUCUCACUUGACAGAAACGUGGGCUAAAGCUUAUGCUGAAAGCAUACAUCCUGGUGGAGAGUUGUCAACGUCCACCUAUCCAGAGAAUAUUGAUGAACUGUCUUGCCCACCUCCAGCUACCAAAAAGAAAAGUGGACGCCCUCCUACAAAGAGAAAGAGAUCCGUUGGCGAGUUUGGGGUUCCUGGAUCUAAAUCUCAGUCCCACAAGUGCAGCAGAUGUGGCACAGGAGGGCACAACAAGAUCACAUGCCAGAGGCCUAUAGGAUGAAGUUCUACAUUUUUACAUUUUUAUCGAUUAUUAUUUGGAUGUUUGGCUAUUUGAUGGUUACAUGAUAUGCACAAGACCAUAUACAUUUUUUCUUUUGGAACCCUAUCCUGAAUAAGUAUGAUUUCUUACAACUUUUGUAAUAUACAACAUUAUCUUUUGAUCUCAUUUCAAUUUUUAGUUUAAACUUCUUUGCUAGAAAAAAACACAGUAAUAUUCAACUAUUCUGGAAUCCCAUCCAACUUUUGUAACAUCCAACUUUUGUAAUAUACAAUGUAUUAUACUAUAAAUUGUAUGGGUAAAUUCAAUUAUGUGGAAGCAACUAACAGAUGAUUCUCCUCAGCCUAGCGGCUAAACCACGAAACCUAUGAUACCGAAACAUUUGAUCGACCCGGGUUCGACUCUCCUACGAGUAAUGGGUGAUUUUUUUUUUUUUUGUUCAAACAUAUAUCUCAGG